AUGAGGGACUCUCCCAAUAUCAUCAUCACCGGCACUCCCGGUGUGGGUAAAACUACGCACUGCGAGCUCCUUUCCCAGAGGACAGGCCUACGCCAUUUAUCCGUCAAUCAGAUCGUCAAGGACAAAGGCUGUCACGAGGGUUGGGAUGAAGAGUAUUCUUGUUGGAUAGUCGACGAGGACAGACUACUUGACUCCUUGGAAGAUGAAGUCCCAACGGGUGGAUGCCUGAUUGAUUGGCACGCCUGCGACCUUUUCCCGAAGAGAUGGAUUGAUCUUGUGGUUGUCCUCCGGGUGGACUCAUCCACACUCUACGACAGACUUAAUGCCCGUGGUUAUCCCGAGGCGAAACUCCAGGAGAACCUCGAUGCCGAACUCAUGGAUGUAUUAAUCCAGGAAGCCCGGGAAGCGUAUGACGACGAGAUCGUCGUCGAACUCACUAGCAACACCUCUGAGGAGAUGGAAGAAAACAUCGACCGCAUUGAGGAAUGGAUCAAACGGUGGAAGCUUGAUCACGGAUCAUCGUGA